AUGACGAAAGAAGUUAAAUGUGCUAAUAAGUGCGAGGGAAAAGAUUUGACAAUCGUAUCUGAAGGAAAAUGUCCCUGUUUGUGUGCAAACACGCUGGAGUACAUGCCAGUGUGUGCAAGCGACGGAAAGACGUAUAGUAAUCCGGGAGAAGUUAAAUGUGCUAAUAAGUGCGAGGGAAAAGAUUUGACAAUCGUAUCUGAAGGAAAAUGUCCCUGUUUGUGUGCAAACACGCUGGAGUACAUGCCAGUGUGUGCAAGCGACGGAAAGACGUAUAGUAAUCCGGGAGAAGUUAAAUGUGCUAAUAAGUGCGAGGGAAAAGAUUUGACAAUCGUAUCUGAAGGAAAAUGUCCCUGUUUGUGUGCAAACACGCUGGAGUACAUGCCAGUGUGUGCAAGCGACGGAAAGACGUAUAGUAAUCCUGGAGAAGUUAAAUGUGCUAAUAAGUGCGAGGGAAAAGAUUUGACUAUAGUAUCCGAAGGAAAAUGCCCCUGUUCGUGUAUAAAUACGGAAGAAUACAUGCCGGUGUGCGCCAGCGAUGGAAAAACCUACAGUAACAGAGGAGAAGUGAGGUGUGCUAACAAGUGCGAGGGAAAGAACUUGGAAAUUAUAUCUCUAGGACCGUGCCCUUGUUCGUGUCCUAAUACACGCGAGUAUAAGCCAGUUUGUGCUAGUGAUGGAAAAACUUACAAUAACAAAGGAGAGGUGAGGUGUGAAAACAAGUGCAAAGGAAAGAAACUGACAAUCGAAUCUGAAGGAAAAUGUCCCUGUUUGUGUCCAAACACGCUGGAGUACAUGCCAGUGUGUGCAAGCGACAAGAGGACUUACGUCAACAUGGGAGCUAUAAGGUGUCACAAUCAGUGCAGCCGGCACCAAAUCACACUUGUAAUGAAGAAACCAUGCCGCGAGGAUGACAAGCCCUUACCGUACUAG